AUAAAUUAGGCUGCGAGAUUUCGCGGGAAACAAAUUUUGUCAACAUGGCUGGCGGUGAAGAAGACAUGGAAAUUGAAGUUGAGAAGACGAAAGACACUGGAGAUGACAGUAGUGGUAGUAUUAAAGGAAAGCCCAGUGAAAGCAAAACAUCUGGCUAUGAACUACCGUGGGUAGAGAAAUAUCGUCCUUUGAAACUACAUGAUAUAGUUGGAAAUACAGAAACUAUCAGUCGAUUAGAAGUGUUUGCAAAAGAAGGCAAUGUUCCAAAUGUAAUAAUUGCGGGUCCACCAGGCACAGGCAAAACGACUAGUAUUUUGUGCUUGGCCAGAGCUUUAUUAGGACCUUCUUUCAGAGAUGCAGUUAUGGAGUUAAAUGCCUCUAAUGACAGGGGUAUAGAUGUUGUUAGGAACAAGAUCAAGAUGUUUGCCCAGCAGAAGGUCACUCUGCCAAAAGGAAGACAUAAAAUAAUCAUAUUGGAUGAGGCAGACAGCAUGACUGAUGGUGCUCAGCAGGCCCUGAGGAGAACCAUGGAGAUUUACUCUAAAACCACCAGAUUUGCUCUAGCUUGCAAUGCAUCGGACAAGAUUAUUGAACCUAUCCAGUCUCGGUGUGCUGUCUUAAGGUAUUCCAAACUCUCUGACAAACAGGUGUUGGACAGGUUACUAACUGUAUGUGAAAAGGAAAAUGUGAGUUAUUCAGAUGAUGGCCUAGAAGCUGUAGUUUUCACAGCCCAGGGGGACAUGAGACAGGGCAUAAACAAUUUACAGUCCACUUUCCAAGGCUUUGGGCAUGUGAAUAGUGAAAAUGUUUUUAAGGUGUGUGAUGAACCUCACCCACUUCAUGUGAAGAACAUGCUUGAUCACUGUGUGAAUGGAAACAUUGAUGAAGCCUACAAGAUAAUGCACUCCCUGUGGAAAUUAGGUUACUCUCCAGAGGACAUCAUUACAAUUGUGUUCCGGGUCUGCAAAACACACAAUAUGCCUGAAUAUUUGAAGUUGGAAUAUAUUAAGGAGAUUGGAUAUACACACAUGAGGAUAGCAGAAGGAGUGGAAUCAUUACUACAGAUGUCAGGACUUUUAGCAAAACUGUGCAAGAAAUCUGCAGUCCCUGCCACUGGGCAGUGAUCAACUGAUGUAGAACUUGAUUCUAUAGAGAUGAUGCUGUAGAUGCCUUCCUUGGCUUCAGCCCAUUUUUACUGGAAAACUUUUUGAAACAUGUCCCUUUUGUCACUGACAAUCUUUAACACAGGAAUUCUUGGCAUUGUUAGCUCAAACAUUGCUGAUAUAAACUUUUUUGUUUUAUUUUGAAAAUCCAGUAGAAGAUUAUAAUAAACUUUUUUUGUUUUGAAA